UUCUUCUUCUUCAAAAGUUUUACUUCGAGCAUCUUCUAAGCAAUUCGGGUCCGUUGCGAUUUAAUUUAAACACGCCCAUGGACAUCUGGUCAAUAUGCUCGCUCGUUCCGAUUGUGCUACAUUCUUGGGCCAAUUUUCUUGGACGCACCAGGAGCAAGGUGCCAUAAAAUCUGUCCUAGGCUCUUAUAGCUCACUUUCUCGAUCGAAACAGGGCAACGUCUGCUUCUUUGGAUUUCAUUAGAACUCCGUCUGUUGAGAGGCACAUAGCAUGCUAAUUUUAUGAUUUUAGAGACUUGGCUGUGCCAUUUUCUGUGUCAACCCGAUCAAACCAAGGACGUCGGAUGCGCUCGGUCUGCUGGAGUCACCUCAAACUCAACCAUGGCACCCGCCGCUUCACAUGUUUCUAAUACAAUCUCUUGGAACUUUGCAAGAUUUUCCGGCCCUUUCCACCUCUUCUGAGUUGAGUGUUGAACAACCGUGUUAAGCCCAACGUGCGUAGGCGAGGUCUUUUCUAGCUCGCCACCUGCAUUUUCCCAAUGAUGACUGAGCACAUUGAUCGGAGCGCACAACUGUUGACCAGACGGGAACAAAAAAAGAAAGAAAAAAAUUCUGCGCGAGUUUCUCGCGAAGCUAGCUUGUACUACCGCACGUCGUUGCUCCUGGCCAAUUUGUGUAUGACUGCUGCAAUAGCAGCUCAACCGUCACCCACAUGAAUGCCCAGCUCUGCGCCUCUUCGGAUCAAGCCCUGGUUCCAGGUACAACAAAUGCGAGUCUUAUGUGUUGGGAGUGCACCACAAGGCGCCAGUUCGCUUGCGAAGCUAGUUUACAGUGCUGCCCCGGACGUAAAAAUGGCUGAGAUUUGGGAGACUUUGCGAUAGGAUGCCUCUGACUAACGAAGCGAAAACACUUGGGAUCCGACCACUCGUCAUUCCCAACUCCACUUGUCCACGACAUGAAUUUUGUUCGAUAGCAAGCCUGAUUUUGCAGCCGGAAACCGCCUGGGCUGGAACUUCGGUCUGGAAGACGGCUCACCUCCACACGUGAUGAGUCCAUCUCUGUCGGGAUCGGGGUUAGGUCCCUUCGGUCCAUGUGUUGAGAAACCUUUCGUCCAUGCGCGGGUUCCAAAAUUUUUUGUCUCAUGCAGCUAGACCUCAAGGAAGACCUUCAUCCUUCCACAGUUUAGCGUUCGUGGAAGGACGGCUCACAGCCCAUUGGCUCGAAAAUUUCGCACCUUUCCGGCCAUUUCGAUCGCGGCCUGUCAGCUUCGGGACAGACUCAUGCUGCGUACUUGGUUUGCCAUGAUCCAUAAGUAUCCACCUGCAAGCGACGUAGAUCGAGUCUGGGAUUUUCAGCGCGCAAACUUUUCUUUUGACUGACGAAUUCGAUCGCAAUGCGCCGCCUCGCGAAAGUCCCAAAGCAAAAUACUUUGUCCUCAACCUGUUUUGCGCAUCGCUAUGGGACGAAGGAUUUAGGACUCGUCUGAAAAUCAUGACUCGUCAACAUCACUGAGAGUUUGGAACGCCACAUCAGAUUCGCAGUGCUGCGUUUGUCUCAAAUUCUGGGAAGCCGAUCCGAAACCACGAUCAAGGGGUUCCCACGUUUUUAAAACUAAUGCAAGGUCGCGAACUAGUGUACUGCAGGAACUCAGGAUUACGUGUCUUGGCGCUUCCGUGCCGCUCCAUGUUACACUUCCUCCUCCAUCUUUUAGACUGUCCGUCGAACCAAUGCAAGACUUCCCGAGGUCGGUAUGUUCCGACAGGACCAUUGGCCGUGACGAGGCAUGUACAGAUUCCAGGCUACCGGAAUCUGCUGGUUUCGAGCAGAUAGCGGGACCCGUCCAGAGAAAGAAGCCAUUGGGCCCCAUGGCAUUUGGCUUCUGGAACGAGACACUCGUCCGCAUCAUGGGAGUAUGCUGAGUGGCCAGAUGCAUGUCUCUGUUUGGAUAAAUAGAUGCUGUUUCCCCCAGGUUGUUUCUCUAUCCAUCACACCAUUCAUUCAGAUCGCAAGACAUUCUUUUCUGCCGAUCUUUAAUCCUUACAUUCUCUUAGCCAGAUUGAUUCUUGGCAGCGUACGCUUUCCAAGCACUUCCCGUCCUUACUCGUAGUUUGAACGGACUAGACUAGACGUCUCAACACAUCGCAUUCCUUCCAAGAGCUAGAAUCAAUCCAAGGCCAGACGCCGAAGUAAACAGUUCAAAAUCAACAUGCAGUUCGCUACUGUCUUCGUUACCUUGGCUAUUGCCGCCGUUUCUUCCGCUCUCCCAGUCAGUGAGGCCAACAAGGCGAGCGCAAACCUCGAGCGCAGACAAGCCUCCGGCAAAGCGACCUAUUACAACACCAUGUAUCCAACCUACUCCUCUUGCGGGGAUCAGCCACAGGACACGGACAUGAUUGCCGCCCUGGCGCCGUCUUUCAUGCCAGCGGCAUGCGGCAAGAACAUUGCUGUAACCAACGAGGAGACUGGUACCACCAUCACCGUGACGGUCGUCGACACCUGUGUGGCCUGCGCCGGCGGUUCGGUUGCAGUCGACCUGAGCCCAAGUGCCUUUGAAGCUGCCGGCGCCACGCUUGAUGCCGGUACAUUCACUACUUCUUGGACCUUCGUCUAAGCGCCCCUGCUGGAGUCAGGGUCGCUACUUCAAAAAGUAGAAGAACAGCGCAAGCGAGACUUGCUGCUUCAGUCGCACCUUUGGCGACGCCUUUCCUCAAUGGACAACAAAGAUAUGAAGACAAAAAGCAUUGGGGGAGGCUGCUGGCGCGAGUCGCCCGAAUCACUUUGAACGAACUGGGACGAAUUUUUUCAUGUCACAUAGAUUCACUGAAGAGAAUAUACAAUAGACACAGUAUCUGCGACGUUUUUCUCCCCAUUUUUUCUUUCUCAGGUUCCGGGUGGAGCGGCGAUUUGCCAUGAAACACUCUUUUAUUUUUUGAAAAAUAAAGAGAGAAAAGAAAACCAGGUAGAUUGAAACGCAGCUCAUACAAAAAAAAUCAUGCCAGCGGAGUACGAUCGGGAGAUCGGAAACGAAAUGAC